UACUGACCGGUGCACAUCUUGAAAGGUCUCCUAGCAACCUUUUCUGUAGCGCUGAAUGACAGCAGGAGCGGCUGGGUAAAUCGAUGAGCUUGCCUUGGGAGCCUAUAAAAAGGCAAAAUCGGAACACACAAUGGGUCAGAAGGUCACAGGUGGGAUAAAGACUGUGGAUAUGAGGGACCCUGUAUACAGGCCAUUGAAACAGGAACUCCAAGGACUUGACUACAGCAAACCCACACGUCUGGACUUGUUACUGGACAUGCCUCCGGUAUCCUAUGAGGUCCAGUUAUUGCAUUCGUGGAACAAUGAUGAUCGCUCACUGAAUGUAUUUGUGAAAGAGGAUGACAAACUCAUAUUUCACCGGCAUCCGGUGGCUCAGAGUACAGAUGCCAUCAGAGGCAAAGUGGGAUAUACACGAGGACUGCAUGUGUGGCAGAUCACGUGGGCAAUGAGGCAGCGAGGCACGCAUGCUGUGGUCGGGGUGGCAACAGCAGAUGCCCCUCUGCAUUCAGUAGGGUACACAACGCUCGUAGGAAAUAACCAUGAAUCUUGGGGAUGGGACCUUGGGCGCAACAGACUGUAUCAUGAUGGCAAGAACCAGCCAAGUAAAACCUAUCCAGCCUUCUUAGAACCAGAUGAAACUUUCAUUGUGCCGGACUCCUUCCUGGUGGUUCUGGACAUGGAUGAUGGGACACUGAGCUUCAUUGUAGAUGGGCAAUACAUGGGUGUUGCAUUUCGGGGACUCAAAGGGAAAAAGCUAUAUCCAGUGGUAAGCGCCGUGUGGGGACACUGUGAAAUACGGAUGCGCUACUUGAAUGGACUUGACCCUGAACCACUGCCUUUGAUGGACUUGUGUCGACGAGCUGUGAGGCUUGCUUUGGGCAAGGAAAGACUGAAUGAGAUCCCUACACUGCCACUGCCAGCCUCCCUCAAGAGUUACCUGCUCUACCAAUGACCUUCAUGUUCAAGGACAGAGAGUUGGAACCAAGGCAAAAUACUGGAGCUGACCCACUGAGCAAUGGGUUCUCCACCCUUGUGUCAUCGCUACUGUUGGAGCUCCUUGGUCAAAGUAUUCCUGCCACUGCUUAAGUCUCCAUGUGCCCUUAUUGGCAAGCUCUCAAGUAAUCCUUGUUUCAGAACGGAGUGUUUUGUGUUUUGGAAGUCAUUUCCCCAGCACACUUACAAAAGGAACACUGACAAGCUCUGUGCUUCCCUCCUUCUCCUGAGAAAAGGCUGUACUGCAUCCUUUGGGUUGCGGAGCCUGGGAGUGAAUAAUUUUUCUGUACCAGCUAAAGGGAAGAACAUAAUUUGGGGGAUGGGAAGGCAUUAGGAAAUCUUAAGACCAGGUCCUAAGAGUGGAAAGGCACAGGAUGGCAGUGGAGUUGGGAAGAGUCUGGAAUAACAAGAAGAAUUAAUUGCUGAGUUAUUAAAAACCAAAAA